UCCCGCCUGAAUCCCUCUUUCGCCAUCGCCAACUCCAUGUGAGGGGCGGGUCGGCCCAGUGUUGUGUCGAGCCCGCGCAUUUUGGAGCCGAUUGUCUUUCUCUCUCUCUGUCUCUCUCUCUUCCUCUCCGAUCUCGUGCGUCUUUCUAUCGCCGGAACGAGUGAAGGGUAGGCGGCGAUCGGAUAGCAGCGAUGGCGGAAACUCUCUCCCUUCGCGGCACCCUCAAGGGGCAUACCGAUUGGGUCACGUCCAUCGCUUGCCCUCUGGACAACUCGGACAUGAUCCUCUCGUCGUCUCGUGACAAGUCGAUCAUUAUGUGGUCGUUGACUAGGGAGGAGAAUAGUUAUGGAAUUGCCCGUCGGAGGUUGACUGGCCAUGGCCACUUUGUUCAGGACGUGGUGAUUUCGUCGGACGGUCAGUUCGCCCUCUCCGGGUCUUGGGAUGGAACCCUUCGUUUGUGGGACUUGAACUCCGGGACAACCACGCGGCGAUUUGUCGGACACACGAAGGACGUGUUGAGCGUUGCCUUCUCCGUGGACAACCGACAGAUCGUGUCUGGGUCGAGGGAUCAAACCAUCAAGCUCUGGAACACCCUCGGCGAGUGCAAGUACACAAUCCAGGACCAACAGGAGGCGCACACCGGAUGGGUGAGCUGUGUACGCUUCUCCCCCAUGACCACCAACCCUAUCAUUGUCUCUGGUGGCUGGGACAAGAUGGUGAAGGUCUGGAACUUGACUAAUUGCAAGCUGCGAACGAACCUGGUUGGACAUACGGGCUACAUUAACACCGUGACUGUCUCGCCCGAUGGCUCGCUGUGUGCCAGUGGUGGUAAGGACGGCGUUGCUAUGCUCUGGGACCUUGCUGAGGGCAAGAGACUGUACUCCCUCGACGCUGGCGAUAUCAUUCACGCCCUGUGCUUUAGUCCGAACAGGUACUGGUUGUGCGCGGCCACGCAGCAGUGUGUCAAGAUCUGGGACUUGGAGAGCAAGAGCAUCGUCGACGAGCUUCGGCCCGAUUUCCGCCAGGAUUCCUCAUCCGUCAGCAAGAAGGCAAUGAUUCCGUACUGCACGAGCCUUAACUGGAGCUCUGAUGGGAGCACGCUUUACACGGGCUAUACGGACGGUCAUAUUCGCGUCUGGAGCGUGGGGAGGGCCUAAGAGAGAGGAGGAUGAGCAAAGAGCGUGGAUCUUGAAGUGUUGCGUGGCUCUUGAAAAGUGCGACAUGUUGGCUGGGGGCGAAUCGCAAUGUCUGGUGGCGGAUGUAGUGGCAUGGGUCAACUGGGCGGCCGUUAAUUUUGAUAUUGAUUGAAAGAUGGCAGUGUGUGGCUUGGUAUACAUUUAGCGCUUGGAGGUAAUAUGAUGUGGAAACGGAGGCUAAUGAGGAAAUGGAGGCUGUUUUGGCUCUUUUGUGAGGCGAGUUGUUUAUUGAGAGAAGAAAAGAACGUCGUUUGCCGAGAGAGGCGAAUUGUGUACUUCUUCUUUUUCAAUUCAAGCAGGCUCUUUUGUCCAUCUUAAGCAAGGGGGACGUCGUUUGCCGAGAGAGUCGAAUUGUGUGCUUUUCUUUUUCGAUUCAAGCAGGCUCUUUUGUCGAUCUUAAGCAAGCGGGAGGUAGAGCGACUGGUCGUGAAAAGUGAUGCUGGUUGUGGGCACUCGGUGGCGGUGAUGGGGUGGUGGACCAUACGCGUCUCCACCUGCAACAACCUUUUGAUGUAACGUAUCAUCAUUGUUAGGAGCUGCUGCUGUUUUGGUGGAAAGAAAUGGAGCAAGUCGUCGUCGUUGGCGUUUUUGUCGUCGUUGUUGUUUUUGUCGUUGUUGUUGUUUGAUGUUGUUUGAUGUUGUUUGAUGUCGGUCAUGGAUGUGUCUUCAGGCUGUUUAUGGGAUGUGUUCUAUAUUCUGAUAGUAAAGAGGUGAAUGAUAAAGUGAGAACGUGUACUGAGCCUAGCUCAGUGGGUACACCUGUGUACUGUUGAAAUACAGACCCGAGGUCGAAUCCAGAUGAUGGUACAUGAUGAGUAAACCCAAACAUUUGUGAAUUGCCUGCGGCGGUCAGCUCAGUCGUGAUAUACGUCAAGGCCGUCGCCCUUUAGAAGAAAGAGAAAAAAAAAGGAAGUGUACUGAGAUCAGCAUAUGUGGCUGAUUGAUUGAUUGAUUGAUUGAUUCAUAUGGAUUCGUGUCCGCAAGCUUUUUGUGG